AUGAGUGAAAAGAGUUUAAAGUCAGCAUAUAUAAUAUGGGCACUCACAGGUUUACUAGGUGGUCAUAGGUACUAUCUAGGUCGCUACCUUUCGGCUAUCGCUUUCACUCUGACUCUGGGUGCGUUUGGGAUUGGUUGGAUCAUCGAUGGUAUACGUAUGCACGCUAUGGUUGACGAGUCAGACUUUGAUAGCGAUAAAAGAAAAGAUGAUCGUUGCUGUUUCUUCUUGACGUUCAUCCUAACAUUGAUAUUCACCAUCGUUUUCCUCAUUCUCGCCAGAACACUGGCGAUGCAUGAGCUCUAUCUAACGACGCAACCGGUAGCUAUGCUAGGCACCACCGGUGAAAUCACCGGAGAGUUUCAAGGUCAUCUCAAGCCGGAUCACGGUGUAUUCAAGCAUGUUUUCUUCAAGUAUGAAUGGACGUUCUCCGAUAACACUACGAAAACCACCUCAGGUCCGCACACCUCACAUACUUUCAAAGGUGCUGGUUGGCAUAACGCAACACUCACAUGGAGAAGUCUACUGCCUGGCAACAGUAUAACAUCGAAUGUAACAGUUUCGUGGUACUCGCUUGGCAACAACACAGUUAUAAUACCAGAAAACUCUGUUCAGCCAGGAUCAAACAAUACAUUUAUGAGUCUGGUAUGGCCAGAUCAUAUCGUUCCUCCAGCCACAGGUAAUAUCAUAGCCGGUAAUGAUAUCGGUGGAUUCACACAUACAAUUAUCAAUGUCAUCACCUAUGAUAAUAGUUCUCGUUUAACCAGUCUAACAGUUGGAAAUGCUACCAUUGCCGAUGUAUUCUCCGAUGCUUUUAUAGAUGGAAUGACACAGUUUGAUGAUUCAUCAAACAGCAACAACAAUAGCAGCGAUUCCUCAUCAGAUUUAGUAAGAGUUGAAAAAGCUAGAUCUAAAAAUAAUAUUAAGAGAAGUUUAUUAAGUAAUCAAAACCUAAAGUCUGGUGGAGGUGGUAAUGCAUCUAGUUCCGCUUCGAUUUCAUUCGAUCCAACAUUAGAAUUCACACCGAAUCUUUAUCACCGUGUAGUUAUCAGUGGUCAUUCAUUCCAAGAACUGACAUUGGUCGCUGAGGGUGAACUAACAAUGGGAUUCUUGUUGAACGUUCAGACUUCAGACUCACUAACGAUCACCCCAUGGUCUUACGAGUAUAGUCCACCGACCAUACUUGGAAUCAUCUUACUUCCGGUUGUCAACAUUCCGCUUGUUGUCAAUUGGCAUGUAACAAUCGGUGUAUCGCUAUCGGUAUCACUCAAAGAGAGUUUUAGUAUGGGUGCAACCGAUAGUUUCAAUGCGAAACUGGGUGCAUCCUAUACCAAAGAAAAUGGAUUCACCUCGAUAUCGUCGUUCAACAGCAAUCCAGUUGUGCUGCCUUUCAAUCAUUCUUCGUCUUGCACAUCGUCCAUCUCCACAACGCUCGGUGCAGGCAUUACUUUUACCAUGUUUGGAAUCACACCGCAACUCGCUAUAGAUAUGACUGGUGGACUUCAACUGACACGUGGUUUCAACACCAAUCCCUAUGAAUGCAGUUGUAUCUCAGCAACAGGAGACAAACAAGUCUAUAACAGUCUUAACUUUGUCUACGGACCGUCGAUCUCAUUGAGUUUGCUCAUCUUCUCGAAAUCAUGGGAUAUUGCACAACAGACGACAAACUUGGCGGCAACAUGCGACAAAGCCAUAACUAAUUGUGGUGAUUGCUAUUGUCCGUACAUAGGUGGUUGUUGCCCUUGGACGACAUGCCCGUGGUACCAGAAAUACCAAUGUUUGUGUAUGAGUCGGUACGAUGGCAAAGGCAUUUGUGCUACCAAUGCCUAUUGUGUAGCAGCUACUUGCCGUACCAAUGCAGAUUGUGCAGCGGGUUACUCUUGUACUAUCUCUCAGAAUUGUAAUCCAAAGAAUCAGUGCUCUCAAAAUUGUGGUCCACAAUCAUCAUCAAUGAGCAUCAGCGACAGUAUUUAUAACAAUCCAUACGAUGAUACUCCAAAUAGUGGUAUCUUAAUGUUUGAUCAUUUUUUGGAAAUAGAUUAA